AUGUCAGUCUAUUCACUUCACAUUUCAGGUUUGAAACACAUCACUGAUAGUGUUUAUUGCAAUCAUUAAAAAUAAGAAUCUAACAAAACAACUAAAGGACAUCAUAAAAUGAAUAGCUCAUAACAAUUGAAUUAAAAAGUUCUUGUUAAUUGUAAUGAACAAAUUGUAAAUCAAUCUCAUCAUAAAUUAUCUCUUAAAAAAACUAUCUAUAGUUAUAUUGAUACUAUAAAUGAUCCUAAAAAGAAUAUCCAUAGCUCAAGAUGUCCAUAAAAUUAUGAAACUAUGAUGCAUAGAAAUGAUUUUCAUUUGAAAAAAUAUUAUCCAAGAGGAGAAUCAAUUGAAAAAGAAUGGAAAUCAUCUAUUCGAACUUAUCAUACAGAAAUUACAUAAAAAUCUGUCUCACCACCUAUGAAUUAAAAACCUAAAAUUUAGUAACAAUCAAGAAAUCCAAUAUUAUCACCUUAAUCAGGAAAAAAAUAGAGACCUGUAUUUAUUAUAUUUAAUAUUUAGACAAAGAAAACAUAAUUUGAAAAGGUACCAAAAAAAGAAAAUAAAAAUGGCAUCAAAAUAUUUAAAUAAGCUAAUUCUUCAUAAGGGUUUGUGAAUACUUUAGAUUAAAACAGUCCUUCAAAUAAACCUAUUACUAUAAUUUCUCCUAGGUUUGGAGAAGGAGUUUAGAUGAAAUAAAUAUUUUCUGAGUUUUUCGUUAACGUAUAAAUAUAUAUUUAAUAUUAAUUUAGUAACAAACAAAGAAAUGA